UAUACUUGCAGCCUAUAGGUGAAGCUUCUGGUUAAGCUAUUUUAGAGCAUGUCAUUUCAAGUCGUGCCUGCUGGGUUUCAGCCUCUUAAUGACAUGGUUCAGGACUCCGUGAGCCACAUGAGUAUGACUGAGAAGUAGAAGAAGAAGAAGGAAAAAAAAAAAAAAACUGUCCAACCCCUCAGAAGAUUUCCUGUUUCAUGAGUAGUGCACAUACUGUGAGUCAUAUAGGGCAAGUCCUGCCUGGUGUGUUUACUUUGCUUCUUCUACCCGGAGCUGUGAACGCGUCCUUUAGGGGUGAAGCAACAGGCGGACCGAACUAAGUCCGCGACGUGUGGAUAUUAACCCGUUGUCAAGGCUUCGGUUAAUUAAUGAGAGAAAGGGGAGUGUAUAGUCCGUUUCUAAAUGGAGCUACUUCGGUUUUUCGCUUUUUGGUGUGGAACGAUACUCUUUGGUAGUAUCCUGCUCGAGGAGACGGAGGCCAAUAUAAUGAAGGUAAAGAGGCUGUGCAAGUUCUGUGAUGUGCGGGCAACCAGCUGCACGGGUAAAGGGAGCUGUAAGGUGGAUUGUGAAAUCACGUCCAUCUGCCCCCACGAUGACGAUGUGUGUGUCAGUAUUUGGAGGAAGAAAGAUGACAAUAUCACCUUUGAUACAGUCUGCCACAACCCGGCUCAGAAGCUGCAUGGCCUCGUCUUGGAGGAUUACAACAACAGCAAGUGUGAGAUGAAGGAGAGGAAGGGCAUGGGCUCACAGUUCUUCAUCUGUUCUUGCAAUGUGGAAGAGUGCAAUGAGCAGGUCUAUUUCAACCCAAACAUGGAUUCCCAGGUGGUAGCAGUCAUCUUAGUGAGCCUGGUGCCGCUGCUGGUUAUGGCUGUUGUCGUCAUCAGUUUCUUCUACUGCUAUCGGGUCUACCGCCAGAGGCAAGCCAGCUCUAGACGCAAGAAGGGUCCUCCACUGGACUUCAGUGAUGCUCACGCCAUCAUGAUAGACGACGAAGGUUCAGACAGCAGCUCCACACUCGCCAACAAUCUCAACCACAACACAGAGCUGCUGCCCAUCGAACUGGAUGUUCAGGUUGGAAAAGGACGCUUUGCAGAAGUUUACAAAGCUAAACUGAAGCAGGGCUCCUCAGUCAGCGAGGAGCAAGGCUUUGAGACAGUGGCCAUUAAGAUUUUCCCAUACGAGGAGUAUGCCUCUUGGAAAAAUGAGAAGGAAAUUUUCUCAGACGCAGACUUGAGACACGAGAAUGUGCUUCACUUCCUGACGGCAGAGGAACGGAAGGUGCAGAGACAAUACUGGCUUAUCACAGCCUACCAGCCGAGAGGGAAUCUUCAGGAGUACCUGACGCAUCAUAUUAUCAACUGGCACGACCUGUGGCUGCUGGGGAGUUCACUAGCCCGUGGAGUGGCUCACCUUCACAGUGACCACACCCCCUGUGGUCGCUACAAAGUGGCUAUCGCACACAGGGACAUUAAGAGCUCCAACAUACUAGUGAAAAGCGACCUGUCCUGCUGCCUGUGUGACUUUGGCCUCGCACUCCGGCUGGACAACAAUCUGUCUGUGGAUGAGCUGGCCAACAGUGGGCAGGUGGGUACAGCCCGAUACAUGGCCCCAGAGGUGCUGGAGUCCAGAAUCAACCUAGAAAACAUUGAGUCUUUCAAACAAGCCGAUGUUUACUCCAUGGCUCUCGUACUGUGGGAGAUCAUCUCCAGGUGUAGUGCAAUUGGAGAGGUGAAAGAGUAUGAGCCACCCUUUGGGAACCUGAGGGAACACCCGUGUGUAGAGAGCAUGAAGGACAGUGUUCUCCGAGACAGAGGAAGACCUGAGAUCCCCAACAGCUGGAUCAACCACACAGGCAUCCAGAUGGUGUGCGCCUCCAUAGAGGACUGCUGGGACCAUGACCCGGAGGCCCGUCUGACAGCCCAGUGUGUUGCUGAGCGCUUCGACGACAUGGAGUACCUGGACAAGCUGUCAGAUCGCUCUGACUCAGAGGAGAAGAUCCCUGAAGAAAUCUUUGUUGUGGAUGAGAAGUAGAGCUCAACAGAAACACUGCCCCCACUGGGGCAGUUGAGGAAUUACAGCCAAGCAGGUGGGAGAGAAAGAACUUCCAGUGGACGCUGUGUUUGCUAUGGGUUCGUCCAAUGUGUGACGGAGGAGCAAACUGGAAAAUCGUGUAGAUGAGAGUGAACUGUUACCAGAAAUGGGCGUAUAUACACUAUACACAUCAGGACCAACAUAAAUAUAAACACCAGUGACUGACUUGAUUUAUUUUCUUCAACAUGCUUCAAAGACUCGAUCAAGUCAUAAACAGACAGGGAAAUCACAUUAUUAAGCUUUUUUAACCAAAUACUAUUUGCACUUUAUCAAUAUCUAUGCACACCAAAUGAUAUAAAUCUAUAUUCAGUUUUGUUUUUGUUUUGACAAUACAUUUCAGGUAUAGGAAACAAAGGGACAGGCUAUAUUUAAAGGGAGUAAUGCAAAAAUAUUAAGACAUUUAAUAACACUAAUAAUGAAUAUUGGAUAUAUUGGACUGAAUGUUUUCCUGUGUGGCCUUGGAUAGAUGUCAAUGGGACUGGAUGACAGCAUGAUGGAAAUUAGCCAAAGCAAAGGAAUAGAAACCCAUCUAAGGCAGUUAUAUGCAGGGAAAGCCGAUAUCAAAUCUGAACUGUAAUAUAAAGACGGAAAAACCAGCCUGAUAGGAAAUGGGGAACACAUUGGUGUGUGUGUGUGUGUGUGUGUGUGUGUGUGUGUGUGUGUGUGUGUGUGUGUGUGUGUGUGUGUGUGUGUGUGUGUGUGUGUGUGUGUGUGUGUGUCUCUGUUUCUGUGUGUGUGUGUGUGUCUCUGUUUCUGUGUGUGUGUGUGUGUCUCUGUUUCUGUGUGUGUGUGUGUGUUUGUGUGUGUGUGUGUCUUUCUGUUUCUGUGUGUGUGUGUCUGGACACAUGAGUAUUACUCAGAGGACUCUAUUCCCAAAAACAGACAGUCUGCUGAAUCAGACCAAGAGAAUAACAACUCGGGAAGAGAGAACUGUAUAACGGACUCUAAACUGGAGGAUCUAGCCCGCUGCCUAUACGCCAUUAAAGCUGAACUUGUUUGUAGACAUUUUGUUAAGAAAAUGGGGAACUCAACUCAAUCAAGUAAAGUCAUAAUUAAAAGUGUUACAGUA